UUUGCACAGCAAGAAAUAAUUAAAUGUUAAGCGGAAGAAUAAAGCGAAUUUUACUGCAGCGCAAAACUAACGCUAAUCUAUUGUUGUUGGCCUAGAGAGCGGAGCGGCGAUAAACGCAAAGCAGGCAAAGUUCAAAGUUUAACAUGGCCACAAUAUCGUUAACUGAUUUCGAAGACGUGCGCAUUGAAGCGCCUUGGGGCGAUAUUGUGGGUCGCUGGUAUGGCAAUCGCCAGGAGCGACCUAUAUUAGCCAUACACGGCUGGAUGGACAAUUUGGGCAGCUUUGGAACGCUUAUACCAUUACUGCCGGAUUACUUGGGCGUGCUUUGCAUAGAGCUGCCGGGCCAUGGACGCUCGGCACAUUUGCCAGCGGGCAUGCGCUAUCAUGUGCAUGACUAUGUGUCAAUUAUUGGACGCGUAAUGAAGGCCUACAAGUGGUCCAAAGUGUCGAUAAUGGGUCACUCGCUAGGUGGCGCAUUGGGCUAUCUCUGGGCUGCGUUAGCGCCGCAUACUGUGGAUCUGGUCAUCUCGCUGGACAUUGUACAUCCGCCCUUGCUUACACCUGUUUACCCACAGGUGCAUAAAUUAUUUCUGAAUAAGUUUGCCAUAGCGGAUGAGCGAAGCUACGAAGCUGGAAAUGUGCAGGAGCCGCCGUCCUAUUCGCUCUCUGAGCUGCGCCAGCUGAUGGCCCAGGGCAGCGACAACUCAGUGCCCGCAGAGCUGGCUCAUCAUUUGCUCUAUCGCAGCGUCACCAAGUCACAGCUGUUCCCAGACAAAUUCUACUUCUCCCGAGAUGCGCGCGUCAAGUGGUAUCAACAAUUUCCAAUGAGUGCGGACCUAGCAGCUGCCAUGGCCAGUCGCAUUCAGGACACACCCUAUCUAAUCAUCAAGGGCACAGAGUCCCCAUAUGUGAAUGAGGAUACUCUACCGAGUCGCACGAUUUUAGCUAAACAAAAUCCCCAUUAUGAGUUCUACGAGGUGCCUGGUCGACAUCAUGUGCAUCUAACAAACGCUGAGGAGGUUGCCAAGCAUAUAGUUCCCUUUCUGCGGCAUCACAGACCACCCAAGCUAGCAAGUUGGUCACUCAACAAUGAGGAGGCUACAGCUGAGCCAAAGAAAAGGCAAAAGAGAAGGUUUUUCAACUGGCGGCAAAGGAGUAAACUUUAAAGCUGUGAAGUGUAUGUCACACAAAUGUAUUACCAAAAAAAAAAUAAAUUGAAUUAAGCUAA